UAACAGGUUAUAUAACUUGUUUUUGACUUAUUGCUUCAUCUGGGUGGGAUCUCGAGUUUCUGCUGUUGAAACUGUCUUAUGUGAGUUUGGAAACAGCAGGAGCAGCACAUUCUGGAGAGUGUUGUAGUUUUAUGAAUCCCAAACUGCACUGAGAAGAUGAGGUUUUGUUUUAUUUUAUGUGCAUUCUGCCUGAUGGGUUUUGUGAGCUACAGUCAGCAGCAAGAUCCUCUUUGUCCUCUCUGCCCGCCUGGUCCUCCUGGUCCUCCUGGUCCUCCUGGUCCUCCUGGUUUUCCAGGUGUUAUAGGAAACAAAGGAGAUCCAGGUCUACCAGGAUUUGCUGGAGAACGUGGGGAAAAGGGACAGCCAGGACGACCGGGACCACCGGGACCACCAGGAUUGUCCAUGUUAGGUAAUGAGCCCUGUAGCAUCAAUUUAAGCGCCGUACAGGACCGCCUCGACAAGUUAGAGCUGGCUGUAGGUUAUCCGUUUGUCCGAAAGGUCGGUCAGAAAUACUUUGUGUCCAACAAGGAGAGGGACUCGUUUGAGAAGGCCGUUGAGUUCUGCUCCCAGCGAGGCUUAGAGCUGGCUCUGCCCCAGAACCAAGAGGAGAACAACAAACUCACUGAGGUGUUCAGGGAUGGUUACACAGAAGUCUGGAUCAAUGUCAGCAAGAAUAAGGCAAAAGGGAAUUGUGUUGUUCACACCAAUAAUCGACCUCUGACCUUUACUAAGUGGGGGAAAGAUCAGCCAGACGCCUCCAUCCAGGAUUUCGGCUGCACCAUGUUGACUGAGAACGGCUUCUGGAGAGUGACGAGAGAAUGCUUCCUGAAUGCUUUCAUCGUCUGUCAGCUCUAGAAGGAUCUCAGUCUUGAUUUCUUUACUUAUGUUUUCUAUUCUACCACCAGUUAGCUACAUGUCUUCUUUAAGUGCAUCCAUUAACAUCAUUUUAUUCAAUUUCUCCUCUUUAAUGAUUGCAAUUGGAGUUACAUUUAAUUCUGUUAGAAAGCCUGAUUAGCCACCUUGACUAUGGGGUAGGGCUUGUAGUUAUUGUGUAGACAUGAACCAACGUAACAGACGCCGUCUGUUUUGUGGCCACUAGGUGCCCUCAGCGUCCCUACCUACUCUCCUGGCUCUAGCUGAGCCAGGUGGAAUUACUUUCAAUCAGUGAGGCUCCCUGUUAAAAGGGUGUAUCUGAUUUUACAGAGGGGGGGGAGUUCAGUAGAGAACAAGCAGGAGUGUUUGCUCUCCCUUUUCCCUCCUCGUGCUGACGUUAAAGUCUCGUUUUGCCUACCUCUGUGGUAUCGAUAGUAGCUUCCUAGUUUCUCGAGCUCAUUUUGUGUUUUCUUCGGCAUCCUCGUUAAAGAGAAAUCUAGCUCACCCUUUUGGUGGAGCUUUUUGUGUUAAUCCUGCUCAUUCUUUACCCGGUUUUAAUCCCCGGCGCUUUGUGUUUUAUAUUAUUAUUGUUGUCAAAUCCCCAGUUUUGGACGUCUUUUGGUUUUGUAUCAUUUUAGCCUUUUUCCUGCAUGAAUUCAGUGACUUUUAGUUAAUAAACUCCUUUAAGAGAGUGAA